UUUUUUAAUAUGGCGGAAGCAAUGACCGCCGUCGGGUCGUCAGUUUUUUUAUGAAGUGCAAAAUAAGAAGUUUCCUAUUUUUAAGGACGCGUGUUAUACGUGUGUUAAAUUUUAUUGUAUUUUUCACGAAGAAAGCAAAAAUUUGUGAAUUUUUUAACUUCUGACCAUCAUUCUAUCUUAAAAAUGUCAAAACGCAGCACAUUCCCCGCUCCUUCAGAUGAUGACUCUGAUUUUGAUGAUGAUGAGGACCCAGACAACUUGGAAGUGCCAGGUGGAGGUAAGACUUUGGCAGCGGCAGCGAGAAUGGGCACUAAAGCAAAGGUGCUUCAACCUGUAACUGUGAAAGCUACAACUAACCCACUAGCUGCGCCCUCUGGUGUGGCGUUCGGUCAGGCUGCAAACAUUAAGCCCAUCAAGAUAUCAGCAAAUUCUCUCAAGAAGCCCAUCAGUUUACUGGGAUUGGGAGCCGGUGCGAGCUCCUCUGUACCUGUGAUGCAACAUUCACGUAAUCAUAUGAAUGGUGCAGGAAUGACUAGCAUGAACUCGUUCUUGCUCCAGAACUUGAACGAUAUUCUAAAUUCGAGCAUAAACGGGGUAUUGGGUGGGUCUCUAAGCGGAGUGUUGGGAGGGUCGUUGGGUGGUUCGAUGAGUGGCUCGAUGGGAGGCUCAAUGGGAGGCUCGAUGGGAGGCUCGAUGGGAGGCUCGCUGGGAGGUUCGUUGGGAAGCUCAUUAGGAAACUCGUUGGGUGUUCCCCCUUCCCUGGCCGGGAUGUUGGUUCAGGUGGCGCAACUGCAAGGCGGUGACAAGGGUGGAUGGAAUCAGGUUAAGCUACCUGGCGAGGAGGAGGAGGUGGACGACGAGGAGAUGGGAGUAGCGGAGACCUACGCCGACUACAUGCCCACGAAACUGAAGCUGGGUCGUAAGCACCCGGACCCGGUGGUUGAGACGGCGUCUCUGUCGUCUGUGGAGCCGGUGGACGUGACUUACACACUCAGUCUGCCUGACGACACGAUCCGCUCCGGCUUGUUGUCCGCUCUACAGUUGGAGGCCGUGGUCUACGCCAGCCAGGCCCACGAGCACACACUACCAGACGGCACCAGGGCCGGAUUCCUCAUCGGCGACGGCGCGGGAGUGGGGAAAGGUCGUACCAUAGCUGGUAUAAUCUUUGAAAACUAUCUGAAAGGUCGGAAACGUGCCGUGUGGAUAUCCGUAUCAAACGACCUCAAGUACGACGCCGAAAGGGACCUUAGAGACAUUGGUGCAUCUAAGAUCGAAGUACAUCCUUUGAACAAGUUCAAGUACGCUAAGAUCUCGUCAGCUAUCAAUGGUAAUGUGAAGAAGGGCGUCGUGUUCAGUACGUAUUCUGCUUUGAUAGGGGAGACCCAGGCCAAUACUAAAUAUCGCACCAGACUGAAGCAGCUGUUACAGUGGUGUGGCGAGGACUUUGAUGGAGUCAUUGUAUUCGACGAAUGUCAUAAAGCUAAGAAUCUGUGUCCCGUUGGAUCGGGCAAGGCGACCAAGACUGGCCUGACAGCGUUGGAGUUACAGAACAAGUUGCCCAAAGCUAGGGUCGUGUAUGCGUCGGCCACAGGAGCUUCAGAGCCUAGGAACAUGGCAUACAUGGUUAGAUUGGGUAUAUGGGGCGAGGGUACACCAUUCCCAACGUUCAUGGACUUCAUCAAUGCUGUGGAAAAGAGAGGUGUGGGCGCCAUGGAGAUUGUAGCUAUGGACAUGAAGCUGAGAGGCAUGUACAUAGCUCGGCAGUUGUCCUUCCACGGGGUUUCUUUCAAGAUCGAGGAGGUGCCGCUUUCGGACUCGUUCAGGGAGACUUACGAUAAGGCUGUAUCGCUGUGGGUGGAGGCCAUGCAGCGGUUCACUGAGGCUGCAGAACUGAUCGACGCUGAGCCCCGCAUGAGGAAGACCAUGUGGGGUCAGUUUUGGUCGGCUCACCAGCGUUUCUUCAAGUACCUCUGUAUCGCGGCCAAAGUCAACCAGGCGGUGGUGACGGCACGCGAGGCCGUCAAGUGUGGCAAGUGUGUCGUGAUCGGUCUACAAUCAACCGGAGAAGCCAGGACUCUGGACCAGCUAGAGAGAGACGACGGGGAGCUAUCUGACUUCGUCUCCACAGCUAAGGGUGUAUUUCAAACGUUAGUAGAGAAACAUUUCCCGGCUCCGGACCGCGAGCGCAUCAACCGGCUCUUGGGGCUGGAGAAAAAUAAGACGAUCGCACCUCCUCCGCCAACAGUCAACGGAAAGAAUGGACUUGGAGAUAGUAAUUCUAAAAGGAAAUUAUCAGCAAGGCAACAAGUCAAUAUGGAGGCGAAGCGUCUCAGAGGCAGGUCGUCAUCGGACGAGUUCGUACGUUCAGACGGCGAGGAGGACGGGGACGGAGAGGACCACUCGGAAGACGAUCAGCGAUCAGACUCGGAGCUCAGUGACUUUAAUCCGUUCAAAGCGGGCAGCGAUAGUGACGACGAUCCAUGGAUUGGCAGAAAGAAGAAAGUUCCAAAGAAGAAAAAGGCAGUGAAGAAGAAAACUGCUAGCACACAGGAUAAGAUUGAAACUAUGUUCGAACGUAAGACGCAGCCAGUGACAGUUAACUCUGGAGGCAAGACUCUCAUCGGCACACCGGUGGGGACUAACGGGCUCUAUCUUGGUCCGGGUCGCGGUGCUCCUCCAGCCAGAUCAGCUAUCGAACGAGCAUGCAGCAUGAAGGAACAGCUUUUGGCGGCCGUAGAGAGGCUUGGACGCCGCCUGCCGCCUAACACACUCGAUCAGCUGGUGGACGAACUGGGCGGCACAGACAACGUGGCUGAGAUGACGGGUCGGAAGGGUCGUGUGGUGCAAACGGAGGACGGUCAGAUCCUAUACGAGAGUCGGUCGGAGGCUGAUGUGCCUCUGGAGACGCUCAACCUGACGGAGAAGCAGCGGUUCAUGGACGGAGAGAAAGACGUCGCUAUCAUCUCGGAAGCAGCCUCCAGUGGUAUAUCGCUGCAGAGCGAUCGAAGAGCACGUAAUCAAAGGCGAAGGGUCCAUAUUACGCUGGAGUUGCCGUGGUCGGCUGAUCGAGCGAUACAACAGUUUGGUCGAACACACAGAUCGAACCAGGUAAACGCGCCGGAGUAUAUCUUUCUUAUCUCGGACCUGGCCGGCGAGCGACGGUUUGCUUCAACUGUUGCCAAGAGGCUGGAGUCACUUGGAGCACUUACACACGGGGACAGACGAGCCACGGAAACUAGGGACCUCAGCCAGUUCAAUAUCGAUAACAAAUACGGUCGUACGGCACUGGAGGCGGUGAUGAAGGCGAUCAUGAAGUACGAGCCUCCGCUGGUGCCCCCGCCGCGGGACUACUCGGGAGACUUCUUCCAAGACGUCGCCUCCGCCCUCGUCGGCGUUGGACUCAUCGUGAACAGUGAAGCGGCCCCAGGGUUGCUGUCUCUUGACAAGGACUAUAACAACAUGUCAAAGUUUCUGAACAGGAUUCUGGGAAUGCCUGUGGAAUUGCAGAACAGGUUGUUCAAGUACUUUACUGAUACACUCACCGCCGUCAUGGAGCAGGCGAAACGCAGCGGCCGCUUCGACCUUGGUAUCCUUGAUCUCGGUAGUGCCGGCGAAUGUGUGCGUCGUGUGCGGUGUGUGAGGUUUCUUAGAAGACACGCAACGGGACAGGCCCCAGUCGAGCUACACACCGUGCAAUCAGAACGAGGCAUGGAAUGGACUGAGGCCCUGGACAAGUUUUCUCAGGCGCAGUCUCAGUCUAUGACAGAGAAAGCCGAGGAGGGCUUCUACGUGUCGGCAGCGCGCGGCGGAAAGGCCUCUGCCGUCCUCUGCCUGGCUGCGACCGCGCCUCGUGACCGACGAGAGCGCGCGGACCGCGUCGCAAAGAAGGAUCGCAUGUUCCACGUGUAUAGACCUAACACCGGACUACAGCUGCGGCUCGAGUCGCUCACGGAGAUCGAGAAGAAGUAUCGCAAGGUGACGCCAGACGAAGCUGAGGCUGCGUGGCGAGCACAGCACGGGGCUUCGCUACGGGUGUGCGCGCACGCAUACUGGCGCAGCACGUGCAGGGCGCGCGACACGUGCGAGGUGGGGUUGCGCGUGCGCACGCAUCACGUGCUGGCUGGCUCGCUGUUAGCCGUAUGGGCCCGUGUAGAAGCGGCGCUGGCUGCACGCGCUGCAACCUCCAAGAUGCAGGUGGUACGCCUCAAGACAGACGACGGUUUAAAAAUUGUUGGUACACUCAUCCCCAAAAAUUGUGUGGAGAUUCUCAAGGAGACGUUGUCGUCGGAUGCGGUGUCGGUGACGGAGCAGACGUUCGACACGACGGACUCGCUCCAGUGAACACGUCGCGGCCCGUAGUUCCUGUCCGUUUAUUUUUAUACUAUAGGCUGUAUGGUCCUUGCCAAAGAGACGCGACGACAAACGACACGGGCCACCGGUCCGGGCGCGGUCAAUUAAGGACGAUACGACGCGGUACGACUGAUUUAUGUAGGCUCCUCAUCCUAAAUUUCAUUUUAUUUUGCUUAAGCGAGAUUAUGGUAUUUGGCUUGAUUACAGGGUAUGAUAAAUCUAAAUGAGUUCGACCGUUUUUUAUUAAGACAAAAAAGUUUCUCGUACUUAAACGUUCAAACGCUGUGUGACAAUUAAAGAUUUCACUUUUCCAUUAUAAGGCAUCAUACUACGUGUCAAAGAGAUCUCCACAAUAUAUUAAAUGACAGUUUUCGUUUGAGGAUAAUACUCAUCCGGUGUUCAAAUAAAAAACAAAUUUUUCGGGAAGGUCGUAUUGUUGGAUGUGUUUUUAUUUAGACGAUGUAUGGUUUAUUCCGUGGCGAAAAUUGUUCCUUAUAUACUACUUUUAAAUUAUAUGCAUACAUGCAUGUAUCGAAUAUAAAAUAUAUUAUUUAUAUCGACGUGGUAUGUAAACUGCCGCGCCGUACGGCUUUUAUAAAUUUAAUUUACGCCUCGUUGACGCCUUAUUCCGCGGUAAUAAUAUACGAAAUAGUUUUGUAUUGUACAAAUAUAGUCUGUUAAUUUAAAGACUUAGCGUUAGUUUUUAUUACACAUAGUGGCGAUACUUAUACCGAUAGAUUAAAUGUUCUACAACCUUUGGAACGGAAAACAUUAGUAAUAAUGUAAUAUUCAAUUAUGUUACGGAAGCGAUAGGUUGGUACAGCGUGUAGGAUUAUACUGAGAUGCAUUUGCGAAAUUGCCAAAUUGCACUGCCCAUUGCAGCAAUAAUUUUGUCGGCACAUGGUUUUCAAAUUGAAACUAUUAAAUUUCUUAUCUCACACAUUGUGAGCAUUAUAGUUUUAAUCUUGAAAUCAAUAGAUUUUUUUUUAUAUAUUGCAAUUAUUGUAACGAUAUUUGUCCCUAGUCCCUUAGAACUGUUGUACAUAGUGUUUAGUGUAUGAAACUUUACAUUUGCUACUUGUAUUGCGUACGACAUAUUUGACUUGUUUUUAAUAUUAUAGUAAAUGUAUUAUAAAAAAAAUAAAGUUUCUAAAAGAAUAACAAAAAAUUUAGAAAAAAAAAUAUGUUAUCAAUAUGUAGAGCAGUUCAAUCAAUUACGUCAUAGUAAAAUGUAAGUCGCACCAAAAUUGUUUUCUAAAGUUACUUUCCGUAGGUUUUUAAUUAUUAUAAUAAUUGAAAUUCGUCACAACUCUUUUAAUGUAACUUGAUAGUAUAGUUUAGCGCUGGAUCUUACAGGUACAUACAACAUUGUCACACUUCGUCGGUUAUUCAUAAGAGUGUUUAAUAAAGACUAAUAAAUGUAUAUAGUUA